AUGGCAACGAGUCGGUACGCCAGGAUGCUGCAGCUUUGGUAGGUACAGAGGCACUUCACACACGGGCACACAGACAUGUGUCGCGGGAGGUGGCGUCAUGUCCUCUCUCUGUUGUGCUCUCAUGCCUGCAGGUGGCUGACACUUCCACACAGACAGAAGCGCAGGAGGAUGGGCAGCAGCAGGUAUGCACACAGAUUGCACACCACACCAGAGGCAGGGAGGGGGCCAUGGGUGGCCGACAUCUUUGUCUGUGUGUACACCCGUCUCUUUGUCUGGGCCCUCCUGUCGAUUGGGUGUGCGGGCAGGCCGCUCCCCCAGUUCUGUCGAGUCGUCCCCCCGCCCCUCCCCCGCCACCACAGCCGCCCAGCGAGCCGUCGGCAUCGUCGGAGGAGCCGGCAGACGCGACAGAACCUGAGCGUGAGGCGGUGGAUUUGA